AUGCGUGCCUCACUUGUUGCUCUCGCCUGUGUCUCAGGCUGCCUAGCUGCUCCCGCUCCUGCCAAGCGUGCUUCGGACCUCUGCUUCGUCAUCGGCAACACCGUCCUGCCUGCUGAGACACAGACGGCGGUCGACGCGCUCGCCGACGUGACUACGUGCUCGAAGACGACGACUACGAUUGCCAACGUGCCGGACGUGACAUCGGGCAACGUGUCGUUCUCGCAAAUCAACUUUGCCAAAUCCAAGUCCUCAACGCUGCAGUUUGCGCUCGACGAGUUUGCGACGUCGAGCCCACUCGCAGACAACGACCUCACAACGUUCCAGAACCAGCUCAACACGUACGUGGCGACGGAGGCGGGGAUCCGGUCGGUGGCCGGGCCGCUGGCGAUCAAGGUGCCCAAGUUCUUCUUGGAGUUCCAGGUGUCACGGAUCCAGACGGCGCAAGGCAACCCGCCGACAGAUCCGGGUCUGGCAGUGGACCACCUGCUGACCAAGGUGCUGACCAACGCGGCGGGCCAGAGUCAGGAUCUGCUCGACCAGGUGACGGCGCUGUCCAAGGUCCUGGCGUAA